AUGCUGUCUGUACCUAUCAAGGGGAACCCAACCGAGCGCACGGCCGCGCAAAAGCGGUCCCCGGCGUCUUUCGGCUCCAGCUAUGGCAGCCUGCCACCGGGUCCCUGUGCACCUGCCGAGGUGAACCGCCGCGACCUUUUUGGGCGCACGGUACUCCACCUUCUGUGUGCGAGCGACGAUCCCGCCGCGCUCGACUACUUGCAGCUCCUUCUCACGCAUCCCUCCGUCAACUGCAACUUGCAGGACCAGGAGAGUGGAUGGACUGCACUUCACCGUGCGCUCUAUGCGGGAAAUCUUCAUAUCGCGCUUCUCCUGCUCGAACGCGCCAACAUCGACACUCGUAUCCGCGACUACGAGGGCCUCACUGCCUUCGACCUCUACAACACGACUGUGCCUGGCACAUGCCCGCGACCCGAAGACGCACAAAAUGGUGGACUGCUCUUUGUAUGGGGCGGCAACCGCAACUACAACCUGGGCCUCGGUCACGCCAAUGACCACGGCCUCGCAGAGCGCCUCAAGCUCCCACCCCCCAAGGUCGGCGCCUCGGCACGUGCGGGGAGUCGCUUCGAUCGCCCCCUGAUCCGCGAUAUGUCAUUCUCACGCUGGCACACGGUCCUUGCGACAAACGAGGCGCGUGCAAACGUGUACGUGUGCGGCAUUGGCACGCAUGGGCGCUUGGGCCGCAUGCCCCAGACGCAGCCGACACUCGAGCGUCUUCAGGACUGGAAUGAGUCUGCGCAGUGUGUCAUUGCCGCACCGGACCACACUGUCCUCGUAACCACGAGUGGCGCCGUGUAUACCCUGGGCCUAAAUCGCAUGGCGCCACUCGGCUACGUCGUCGAGGAGGGUCUCGGCACGGUCGCCUCCUCGUCGGGCACGCACCGUUCGCACGUGCCCACUGGCGCCGGCGCAUCGAUCGGGCUCCAUGGUGCCGAGCUCGACGUCCAAGUUACGCCACGCCGCGUGCUGGGCCCCCUUAAGAAGGAGUGUGUGCUCGGCGCCGCGGCCAGCCGCUUACACACGGCCGUAUUCACCGCCGAUGCCCUCUAUACUUGGGGCACUAACAAUGGGCAGCUUGGCUACGACCGCCACGCCGCCCCCGUGCAGGUGCAGCCGCGGCGCGUGACGCUUAUCACGGCCCCGAUUCGGCAGGUCGUAGCGAGCGACUUUGCGACGGCCUGCCUCCUUGAGAGCUCGGACGUUGUCGUGCUGCAUGGCGACGCGCAUUUCCGCGUCACGUUCCCAUCGCCGCAGAGCAAUGUGGAUCCCAGCUUGUUCCGCCCGCGCCAGACGCAUCCUAAGCCCACGAUCCGCAAACUCACAUGCUCUGGAACCAUGUUCGCGGCGCUCUCCGAGCUGGGCGACCUGUUUACCUUCACGCUAGAGCAUCCCAGCACCACGGGCGCCAAAGUCGUACCGCCACGGCCCCAGCUCGUAUGGAGUGUGCGCCGCAAGUUCUCAGCGGUGCGCGAUGUGGCCAUCGGCUCGGAAGGCUCUCUGAUUCUAUGCACCGCGGACGGGCACGUCUAUGUGCGUGAGCGACGCAUCGACAUGAAAUCCAAGGCGCGCGCCAAGUUCCAGGCGGUCCCAUACCUGCAGCGCAUCGUGCGUGUCACGGCCAACGAGACAGGCAGCUAUGCGGCUCUGCAAGCGCCAUCGCAUCUCGCACCGAUGCCCGUGCAUAGCCCUGCCUUGGAAGACGAGCUCCGGCAGCUCGCACCUGCCCUGGCAAAUCCACCCAGCAUCGAUGACACCUUCGAUCACAGUCCUCCCUCGCCCGACUCGGACUCGGACUCGGACAGUGAGUCACUCUCCUCGUCGCGCCUGCGUCGGGCCGGAGCGCAGGCGCGUGCGAUCCUGCAGCGCGUCAGCUCUCCUAACGAUUUUGCGGCGCUUACCCUCAGCGAUACGGACCGUCGGGCUGGCUGCGAUGCGCUCCUCCUUGUGGAACACGGCAUGUUCGCCGUGCCCGUGCACCGCCUCCUCGUCGCCGUGCGUGUGCCGCAUCUAGCGCAGGCGCUCUGGCACGGUGGCUCGGCGAACGACACGAGCGUUUCGUGCGACAAGGGCGUGUGGAUCGUGCGAUACGACACACUGUCGUUGCUCUCGGCGCUGUUCCUCGUACUCUAUCUCUACACUGACGACGUACCCCCCGUAUGGAGUGCGAGUAUAAGCCAUGCCAUUGCCCCGCUGAGCCGCGAGUGCGGCAUAUCUCCGGCGCCUGUACGCGCCGAGCUGCUCGCAUGUACGACGUCGUGGCACCUUGAUGCACUACACGCAUACCUCGAGCGCGGCCUAGCAUCGUCGCCGAUGCCGACGCUGCACACUCAGUUCGCUGCGCUCUUUGCGAAGGUGGCUGCACACGCACCACUCUCGCAGCUGCCUGACGCAGACGUGGUGCUGCACCUCGCGGAUAUGGAUGUGGCAUGCCACUCGCUCUUCCUGCGCCGCUCACCGAUGCUGCAAAGCGUGCUCGAUUGGCACCACGCGCGGGGGGCGUCGGGCCCUGUCGAAGUGGACAUGCACCAUUGGACUUGGCCUGUCGUGCGUGUGGGUCUCAUGUACCUGUACACGGAUGCUGACGUGGCGCUCUUCCAGCACACCGAUGAGGACAAGUCGCCCGAUCAGUUCAUCGACUUUAUCCUGGACGUGCUGCAACUCGCCGACGAGCUCUUGCUCACGCGGCUGCAGCUGAUCAGCCUUACUUUCCUGGCACCUCGCGUCCAUCCAACGAAUCUCGCUGCGCUGCUUACCGAUGCAUUGUGUCUAAAUGCACCGCCAUUCACUAAGGCGUGCAUGGAUUAUGCGACACGCCACCUCGAGAUGCUCCUCGAGCGCGGGUGUCUUGCGACGCUCGCGGCGCCUGAGCGUAUGCGACUCACUGCCCACAUCCAGAAUGUCCAGGAUGCGUACAUGCGCCGCAGCCUCGCACGCGAUCGCCUCUUCGCCCUCACGCUCAAACACCAGGACUACGUGGCCGAGCUGGACCUGCCCAAGCCAUCGCUCCAAAUGGCCUGUCUCAAAGUGCCCAAGCGUCUCAAGUCGCCCAAGGUCGUGCCGGUCGAGCUUCCGCCGCCCUCGGCGAGUCCCGCGCCACCUGACGAAGACAGCCUCUUGUUUGCGAUGGACGACGUGGCGCCUGCCCCGCCCAAAGUGCCGCCCGCGCCUGCCUGGCAGACCGUGGGGUCCCGCCCUCCGCAGCGCCCGCGGCGCAGUGGUCCCAUCCCACCCGCACCGACGCCCCCCAUCGUAUCGCCCCCUGAUAUCCCGCGGCUAGCCGUUAGUGAGAGUGCUGUGCCGCGCUGGGGCACCUCGCCGCCGACGCCCGCGCCUGCUCUGCCUCGCGUCACGCCGCAGGCACAAUCUGUCUUCCACAUGCCCGUGGCCCCCAAGGUCUCGCAGAAAGAGCGCAAGAGGCAGCAGCAGACGCAGCGCCCGUCCGUGCCUACGGUGGACAAGCCCGCAUGGUCUGCCAAGGGCAAAGGGCGCGCAGAGGCAUGGGGCAUGUCGCCCGUAUCAUCGCCGUCACUCGGCGCGGCAUCGACACCGCCGCCCCUGUCUUUUGCGCAGAUACAGGCCCAGCAGGAGCGUGACCUCUCGCUUGAGCUCGCUCAGCAGCACCAGCCCAAAAGCUUUGCUCAGAUCCUUCACGAGGAAGAGCAUGUCCGCGAGCGCGAAGAGCGCGAACGCUCCGAGGCCGAGGCCUUUGAGCGCUGGUUCGAAGAGGAAAGUCGCCGCGUGCAGCAGCAGCAGGCCUCCCAGCGUUCCGAGCGGCGCAGCACGCCGCGCCGCGGCAAGCGCCGCGGCAAGCCAAACCCUGCUACAGCUCGCAUAGACGAUUGA